AUGACUGUAUUGGCUGAUAAUGAUGUAAUCCGAAGACUUGUAUCUUUAUUAGAGUCUAAAGAUGUAGUAAACUUAGAAAGUAAUGUAUUAGUUCUAACUCAACUCUUGGAUAAUAGAUUAUCAGUAAAUCAGAACUCUAGAAUAGUGGAUUGUGACUGUAAUAAGGCAAGUAUAGUGAAGUGUGAAUUGAAUAUUAUCAUAGCUAGAACUAGUUUGAUAUAUUGCUUAAGAAUCUCACGAGAAGCCAACCAUCUAAUUACAAAUAAAGUACCAAAACUAUUGAAGAAAAUAUUAGCUAUCUUAAAUAUGCAUCCAAUAUACUGUGAAAUACAUAAUGAUACAGUUGAAGGACUAUGUCUAUUGUUAAGUAAGAUGUCUACACUUAACGUACUAAAAUCUAUACAAAAUAGCCUACAAGGCUACGCCUUUUGGAUAUAUAUGCAAUCUGAGAGUGCUGAUCUCAUUAAUAAAGCCAAGGGAUUAGUUAGUUUAGCCACUUGGAUUCCAAGUAUAUCAAAUAAUAUUUCAGAUUGUACAAGUUUGGUCAAGUUUGGAUAUACUCCAUAUAGUAGUGAACUAAUUAAUAGACUUAUAAAAGACAUCGAAAUGACAACAGAUAGGAGCUUUGAUGAAGUAAAGCUCCUUAUAUCUAAUAUAAGUGGAGAUAUUAUGGAAAUUGUAGAUAAAUCUAUACCUAGAAUUGUAAAGUCGCUGGAUUUAUUAAGCUACCUUAUAAUGUACAGUGGCGUUAUUGAACCACCAACUACCUCAAGGGAACAAAAGUACUCCAACUCAUCUUAUUCAAUAGUUACUGUACUUAUACCACAAAUUAUACCAUUACUUAUAAAAGUAAGGUUAAUUCUAUGGGAUAUAAUUUAUUACUUAGUAGCAGAACGUAUUACAAUGCUUAAUUCUAAAGAAUCUGAUUCUGAAGAUAUGAGUAUUCAAGUUAUAGAAUUUAUAAAUUUAAUGGUAUUACUAAGGUUAAAUCAAAAAAUUCCAUUAGAGUCUUAUUUUGAAGUGAAUUUGAUAAAUAAAAAUAAUAUUAAAUUAUAUGGUCACUUGUUUGAGCUUAACAGAUGUAUAAAGCAAUCAUUUAAUACUUUAGUUAUUAGUUCAGGGAAGACUGGAGUUGUUUUAUUUUCUUCAAUGCUUUCCAAAUUUAUGAAACAAAUCUUUCAAACAAAUUUUACCCCUUGUUGGUAUGAGAACCUAUUUAAUACCCAAAAUAACAAUAAAUGUAAUCAAUUAGUUGGAAUAAUCGGCAAUAUAUCAAAGAAUCACCAUUGCAAGUUGGCUUUUGGGCUAGAUACUAUUAUUAAUACUGAAGAACAACCAAACCCAGAGUGCCUGUAUAAUAACGAACUUAUUAUUCAAGCUCUUGGAUUCUUUGACAAAUUGUUUAAAGAGAUCCACAAAGUCCAAGAACUUGAAAAGCCCUUAUAUAGACAGAAAUCAGAAUUCCUUGAACAAAUUUCAUUGGCUGAAGAUCAGGUAUAUCAAAUCUUGACAUCUAUUUCAAAUGUAUAUAGGAUAAUAAGACAAUUACAUGCAGAGUUGAGAUUAAUUGAAAGUUCACCUACUACAGUUCAGGAUAGUCUCCCGUUUAUUGAUAAAACCAUUAUAAAUAUAUCUAUGAAUAUAGUAAUCAAAAACAAAGGUUUUAUGUCUAUUUAUAGUGAAGUACCUACUACUUACAAAGCAAUUGACUCACUACACAUCUCUAUUCUCCAUCUACUAUUUGCAAUUAUAGAUAUAGAGACUGGAACAUUCUUGGUUUCACUUGAAGUUGGUUAUCAAAUAUUUAAUAUUUUAAAGUAUAUAGAAAGUUUUGGUCAUAGCUCUAGAUUUCUUGAAGAACCACCUUUCAUCUCUGUAUAUAAAGCUAUGCAAAGAACACUUGCUACUUUCAUGCCUAGAAAAAAUAUCUCUAAAAAAAUUAAAGAUGUCAAUAUGAAUAAAGAAUCAGAGAAAGUUGUUUCUAUGAAACCUGAAUAUUCUCAAUAUUUUAAUAAUGUGAGCAAUUACUUUAUUAAUCCUAAUGUGUCUGUAACUAAGCCAACCACUAGCACACCUCCAAUAAAUCCUACAGCUGAUAGUAAUGAUUCAUUACAAAAUUUAUCAAUGGUAAAUAACUGCCCUACGAUAUCAGAACCUCCAGUUGAUCCCCCUAUAUCUCCUAUUCUUGAAGUUAAAUCACCUGAAAUUACAACAUCUCCCUUAAGUAUUAUUGAUAUCAACACAGUACAGGAAUCAGACUUAGAUAUAGUUUGGCAAAUGGAAUCUUCAUCUGAAGAAGAAGAAGAAGAUUCCCAAAAGAUCUAA